AUUAGAUUUGACUCGGUAUAUACAAAAGUCACCUUUUAUAAUUUUACUGUUAUAUAAUAAAGAUCAUGUCUUGUUGCAAUAUUGAAUAAGAGGAGGGAGUUACUCCUCUCUUUUUUAUUUAUUUUUAUUUUAUUCAGUUUCAUCUUAGACCAUUCUUAUUUAUUCCACUCACUUUUUUUUAUUCAAAAUUUAGCCUAUCCCUUUUACCAUCUUACCCGUAUAACCCCACAAUAGUAUUCUCACUCUCUCUUACUUUGUUCACCUUUUUCUUACACAAACCCACCUUUUUACAUUCUCUCUCUUACUUUACCCUACUUUAUCUUUCAUUCUCGUAUUGUUCAAUAUUUUCUUAAAUUGCGUACAAUGUAGAACAUAAAAGAACAACAGGGGGAGGUUUGAUACAAACAAAUCCAGCUCAUUUUUUGUGUCUAUUUACUCAUCUUUGCAGAAUGGAUGAAAUGAUUCGUACAAACAAAAAAUGGAGAGAAUUAAUUUGGGAUGAUAGAGAAAAAGAUGAUGGGAUUGAUGAUGAAUUGUUUCUCAUGAGUGGUGAAAAUGAGGCUGAAACUGAUGCAGUUUCAAAUGAGGAGUCUGAUUCUGAUUUGGAGGAACCAACAUCUGGUUGCACGGCAUGUGCUUUGAUAAUUCAAGAUGACAAGUUAGUCGUUGCUAAUGCUGGUGACUCUCGUUGUGUGAUGUCCAAGUGUGGUCAAGCUUAUGAAUUAUCCAAGGAUCACAAACCUGAACUUGAGGCUGAGCAAGAUAGAAUCCUGAAAGCUGGUGGUUUUAUCCAUGGUGGACGGAUAAAUGGAUCCUUAAACUUGACAAGAGCAAUUGGAGACAUGGAAUUCAAGCGUAAUGAUGUAUUGCCAGCCGAAGAGCAAAUAGUUACUGCAAAUCCUGACGUAAACACUGUUGAUCUUUCAGAAGAUAUAGAGUUCAUUGUGCUCGCAUGUGAUGGAAUUUGGGACUGCAUGUCAAGCCAAGAAGUAGUAGACUUUGUACAUCAACAAUUGAAAUCGCAAACUAAACUUUCUGUCAUAAGUGAACGGGUACUGGACAAAUGCUUGGCACCUUCUGUUGGUGCUGAAGGUUGUGAUAAUAUGUCCAUUAUUUUGGUUCAGUUGAAGAAAUCUGCAACCUCCAGUUCCGGUGCUGAGACUGAACAUCCUUUUGAUGAAAAGUUACAUGUAAAAAGUUGAUUUUUUUUUUUUUUUUAAUUUUUUAUAAAAUGAUAUACCAGAUUUUCUUUUCCAUUGACGAUGUACUCUGUACAUAAAAGGAUAGUGUUUGCUUAUUUGUUCAUGUUUUUGGUGUCAAACAAAUUGUGGAAGGGUUGCUAAUUGAAGAUGUAGUAUAAGCAAAAAGACCGUUCACAUCUCAGGUGAGCUCACUCAGUUGAAAUAGCUUGAUACAAUGUUACAAUGACAGUACAUCCAACUACGCGUAUUUUGUUCA